AUGGUGCGCGCCGCACGGAUCUGCAAAGAACGGGCCGGUCAGUUCGCGGGUUCGAGCUACUUCGCGGUCUGUUUACGGAGGGAUCGGGAAAGCGGAAGCGAGACCUGUUCGAGGCGCGGGCGGGCGACGACUAACUUCUUGGUGGAAAACUUGAGCGCCGCGACGCUUUCUUGCGGGGCGGGGCGGACGCGCGCGCCAGGCGAAGACGCCGCUCCAACUAGCAAGACGCGGCGCCGCCCCCGCCGCCUUAGACGACGCGAAGAACAUCCCCACCGAGGCCGUACGCACGCGCCCCGCGUUUUUUCCGCGGAAAAACGUGUCCGGUCAAGGAAAAGACGGUCCGGCGGCGGCAAGCAACGCCGCGGGCCUGAGCGGGGCCAGCGAGAGCGGCCGAAACCUUGCCGGACCGCUCGGACCACGGCCGAAAUAAGAACUAUUAAAAAGGGCGCCAAGCCACCAUCACCCCUCUCGCUCGCCCGACCCCGACCGCUUUACACCCUCGUGUUAGAAAAGGACAGAUACGGCAUUUUUUUC